UCUAUUGUUGCUUCACAAGCAUAUUGCACCACGGAAGCAGGAGGAGACAAACGAAAAUAUCUGCGAAAAAGACACAAGUUGAGAUUCAAGAAUCAAGUAUGAGUUACAGCCAAAACAGCUACAGUGACUACGGCUACAGCGACCCUGGCAACGCUGCAGGUGCCAGCCAGGCAUACUUUAACCCCUAUAACGGUCAGUACUACUACACGUACGACUACCAACAAGCAUACCCUCAACAGGCUGUGUACGCCCAGCAGUACCCACAGUAUCAAUACCAGGAUGCACAGUGGGUACAGGAACAGUCGAUACCCUCCCAUUCCUACAGGCAGAAUCGUCCCAGGGGGCGUGGUGGAGGGGGACAAAUUGCAAGAGGGAGGGGGUCAUAUUAUCAUAACCAGAACUAUUAUGGACAAAACCAAGUUUAUUAUAACCAAAAUUUGUCCGAUCAGCAAUAUUACGAAGCUAAUUCUGGUGCAAGUUUAUCAGAGGCGACUCAACUAAGUAACGGUUCGGCACAACAGCCCAACCAGGGACAAAGUAGAAGUGUAGAGUACAACAGUUCUACCUCAGGGAGUGCAAGAGAUGGAAACUCAAGCCGUCCAAGAUAUGGGGGUGAUCGUGGGGGGAAACGGAAGCAGUAUAACUACAGUGGGAGGGGAAGAUCGAAUGAGGACAGGGGUAGGGCUUCUCCAGUCACAGACAGGACUGAUGAAGCGAGGAGCGCAGGCAGUCAACCAAGGUCCAGCGACAAGAACAGACGUGAUGACAGGAGAGAAGGGGUCGGACAGUCAGGUGUAAGGAGAGGGCAAGGUCACCGCAUAGAGAAGGUCAAGGAUGAAACACAGAGAGGAUCGCUGUUGGACCAGCUGUCCCGCGGCAAGUAUGAGUGUAUGGUGUGCUAUGACAAUGUGCGAUGUGAACACGCCAUCUGGGGCUGCGGCAACUGUUUCCAUGUCUUCCAUCUUCACUGCAUCAAGAAGUGGGCACGAACAUCCACUGUCACAGAGAGAGACGGCAGUGUUACAGGCUGGAGGUGUCCGGCUUGCCAGAAUGUCACAGAAAAAGUGCCUAACCAGUACCGCUGCUACUGUGGAAAGGUGCGAGACCCAGCAUACAGUCAGUAUGAGACUCCUCACAGCUGUGGGGAGGUGUGUCACAAGAAGAGGAAGGGGGAUUGUCCUCAUCCUUGUACUUUGCUCUGCCACCCAGGACCAUGCCCGCCAUGCAGUGCUACUGUCAACAGAACCUGUGAUUGUGGAAAAUCAAAAAAUCUGGUGCGGUGUGGUCACGACACCAGCUACAAGUGCGAGGCUGUCUGUGGCAAGUCCCUCAACUGUGGCAAACAUGACUGCCAGAAGGUGUGCCACAAGGGAGACUGCCACGCUUGUGAGGAGAAAGUCACACAGGGGUGUUAUGGCGACCAUAGUCAGAGGACAGUACUCUGUGGCAGUGAUGAGUCAAGAGAGGUGUCCUACUCCUGUGAUGAGGAAUGUAGACGGGCCCUCAAGUGUGGCACUCACACAUGUGAACAGCCGUGUCACCCUGGGGAGUGUGGCAGGUGCCCCCUCCUCCCAGAUAUUGUCACACACUGCCAGUGUGGCCAGACUCUCCUUACUGACCUCCCUGACGGUCAGCGCUCAAGCUGUGCUGACCCCAUCCCUGUCUGUGAUAAAGUAUGCUCAAAGCCUCUGACUUGCGGCCCAAAAGAUGCCCCUCAUAAAUGUGAGCGUCCUUGUCACACUGGAGACUGUGGCCCAUGUGAAGGGGAGACAACUCUGAGGUGUCACUGUGGGGCCAAGGAGAAGGUUUUCUCUUGUUCUGAGACAACUAAAUUUACAGUUGAUAAACCUUACAAAUGUGAGCGGCGUUGCACUAAGAAGAAGUUGUGUAGUCGUCACAAAUGCACUGAAACCUGCUGUACGAGAGAUAUUCACAUCUGUGAAGUGACAUGCAGCAAGAAGCUCAAGUGUGGCCGCCAUAAGUGUAAGGCACUGUGUCACCGUGGCAACUGUCAGCCCUGUCUUGUUGCAGGUUUUGACGAGCUAUCAUGCCACUGUGGAGCUGAGAUCAUCUUCCCUCCCAUACCAUGCGGUACACGCCCACCAGAGUGUCACAGAACCUGUGUCCGAACCCACACUUGUCAACAUCCAGUUCGCCAUAACUGCCACAGUGACAGUGUGUGCCCACCCUGCACUCAGCUGACAGAGAAGCUGUGUAUGGGAGGACAUGAGACUCGCAAGAACAUCCCGUGUCACAUGACCGACAUAUCCUGUGGGCUACCGUGUGGUAAACUGCUAACAUGUGGGAUACACAAGUGUCUGCGUAUCUGUCACAAGGGAGACUGUGAGAGAGAAGGGGACGUGUGUACACAGCCGUGUGUCAGGAAGAGGGAGGGGUGUGACCACCCUUGUGCAGUUCCCUGUCAUCCCGAUGAUGCUUGUCCUAAAGUGCCUUGUAAAGCUGAGAUCACCAUCAAGUGUCCGUGCGGCCAUCGCAGUGCCAGGGUGCCCUGUCUACAGGGCGGGGACAACACAAACAUCUCCGAGUACCAGAAGGUGACCGUUCAGCAGCUGUCCAGUGGGCGUGUCAUGGACAUGGCCAAGUUGGCGAGUGCCAUGAAGGGCGGACAACGGAGCUUGGACUGUGAUGCUGAGUGUGCCAUCAUCGAACGGAACCGCCGUGUAGCACUUGCCUUGGAGAUCAAGAACCCAGACUUCCAAGGGAAACUCGGCAACCCUACAUUCUCUGAUUUCCUCAAAGAGUUUGCCAAGAAGUACCCUAAGUUUGUGUCAGAUGUGGAGAAGGCACUGGCAGAUCUUGUACACUCUGCGAAACAAUCAAAGCAUGCAACUCGGAGCCACGCCUUCAGUCCAAUGAACCGGGAUCAGCGCCAUCUUGUGCAUGAGCUGGCAGAGUUCUACGGUUGUGAGACACAAAGUUAUGAUUCGGAACCUAACAAGAAUGUGGUUGCAAUUGCAAAAAGGGACAAGUGUUGGCUGCCCAAUGCGACUUUGACCACUUUGGUGCAGCGUGAACACUGCCGCACGGCACCACCUCCAAUACCCCACUUCCAGCAAUCCAGUGAGCCAAGGCAAGGCUCCCCAGCAUCCAACGUGGUGAAGCUGGAGACCAACUCCCCGUCCCAUAACCGCAGAGAGAGAACCCCAACCGCUCCAGCCAUUGACUAUUUCGACUUCUCUGUCAGCUGAUCAGACAUCAGACAGCUGCUCGAUCUUUCAAGGGAGACAACCUUGAUGUGUGUAAAAUUUCAGCGUUAAUGAUUCAAAAGGGUGAUACUUUAGGUUGAAGAAAUCAUAAAAUCAAGCUAUUAAUCUUAUCACAAAGAUUUGAUAAGCCAUAUCCAGAGUUUUACUCUCAGAGUUAGAAGUGAAAGUUGUAUAUUUGUCAGCCAAGAUUUUACAUCAUAGUAAGCACAUAUUGAGUCAGAUGUUGGAGAAAGACCUCAGUGUAAAAACUUUGAUUCUUGAUUUGCACAAGUGUGCAAGAGAUUUACUUUUACUUGGAGUCAGUUUCAACACUCAGUUUGUCAAGGGACAUAACUCUCUGUUUGUUAAGGUACAUAACUCUAGAGUUAUUAUACCUGGAAUCUGUUACAGCUGAUUGAUGAAAUAUGAAUGUGGAAUAAAACAAUACAUUUAUGUCAUUGAGGAUAAUUUCAGAAACUAUGAUUUCAUCAUCAAAGAAAAAUAUAGAUUAAACUGGAAUUGAUUUUUCCUAUUUUUGUUGAAAAUACGUUCGUGACCCGGUGAAAACAAUAAUAACGGCCUGCUUAUUGUAAAAAAAUCCAGUGAUCAUGGACCCAUCAAGAUUUGGCUAAUUUGUUGCCCUCCAUAAUGUCAUAGUGGUACAUCCUAAGGGGCAUACCAUGUAGUAUUCAGGAGGGGGUGUUGGGGAGCCCUCAGAUUUCUUAAAGGUUCAAAUAUUAAAUUCAGUCAUUGCUUCAAGAGUAUUUCUAUGUCGGAACAACAUAUUAUGUACAGAAUAUCAGGUAAUAUCAAGUUUGUACAGUUAAUUGAAAUUUGUUUCUUUGAAAAUGAACAACAGCAGUGUCCACCACCCCUCCCUGUAUAUGAAAUGGUUGGUCCCAUAGAGGUGAGAUUGACCAUUGGGUGUACACUGAUCAACUGGCUGGGGUAGUAAUAUACACUGGCGUAUCCAGAGGGGGGGGUUCAGGGGGUUCAAACCCCCCCUUUUGAAAAUAACUUAAGACCACAUUGAAGAUUUAUUUUUUUUUGAACACCCUGAACACACACACCACACACCACACACCCCACACCCCACACCCCACCCCCUUUCAAAAUUCCUGGAUCCGCCCUUGAUAUAGAACCUGAUAUUACUUUAGGGUGUGGGUUUGGUGCAUUAUAAAUAUACAUCCUAAGAAUAUUAUUAUUAUAAUCAACUAACAGCAGGGGAAUUUUAUGUAACUACUUGUUAAGAGGAAACAGAAGUGAAGUAUAUUUCACAACAUCCUCACAACAUGGAUUACAAUACAGUUCAACAUCUGGUAAGGGCCGCACCUGGGACUUAGAUGGUAGUUUGGCUGAUUUACUUAGCAAAUGUUUAGUAGCAUACAAUGAGGUGUUAUUAGGUUUUGGAUCAUGUCUGCCUGAAUGUCAUAACCAUCUUACUGGUCUUGUGAUAAAUGAAUUUGUUUAUUGUUAUUUGUGUGUAUAUAUGUGUUUGACAUAACCAGAUGUUCUCACAGAAUAUGUUUUAAGAAAAUAUUACAUAUGUGAAAAAGUGCUUUGGUAAUGACAGUGCUAAUGUUUUUUCAUUUAUUUCAUUCAUUUUAUAGUUAAGACUAAAGCUGAUCAGAAUUUUCUUCUGUUUCCAAUCUCCUGUCUGCCCAGAAUUUUUCGCCCCAACUUGAAAUAAUAAAAAUGUCAAUGUUCCCCACUGCUGUUGAAAUUUCUGAUUUAGUUAGUUUAGUUUUACCCCGCUUUUAGCAAUAUUCCAGCAAUAUUCCAGCAAUAUCAUGGCAGGGGACACCGGAAAUGGGCUUCACACAUUGUACCCAUGUGGGGAAUCGAACCCAGGUCUUCGGCGUGACAAGUGAACGCUUUAGCCACAAGGCCACCCCACUGCCCAGAAAUUUAUGCCAUAAGGUGAUAACAAAAAAUACUUUUACGGUAUCACACUCACAAUAUCCAGGUUAAUUUGAUCUUUUUUUUGUAACUACAUUUAUGAAAAAACUGUUGUGAAUGAUUUAGAAACUAUGACCAUGGAAUCUAAAUGUUAUAAACAAGACACACAAUUAGAGGACAUCUCCCACAUGCUCUCUUGAGGGUUGAGCUAAGAGAUAAGACAUACAUAUAUAUAACAUAUGAAUGGCCUACAUGAAUAUUCUUGAAAAUAAAGAAUUUUCUGGAUUA